UGACGUCACCAGAAGGCCCCUAGCGUGGUAACGUAACGUAACAUUCCAUUGAGAAGAAGAGGAGGGUAAAGAUGGCGUCCUCUAACAAUCCUCGCAAAUUUAGCGAAAAAAUCGCUUUGCAUAAUCAGAAACAGGCGGAGGAAACCGCUGCGUUUGAAGAAGUGAUGAAAGACCUGAACAUCACCAGAGCUGCACGGUUGCAGUUACAGAAGACCCAGUAUUUGCAACUAGGGCAGAAUCGUGGACAGUACUAUGGAGGCUCACUGCCCAAUGUCAAUCAGAUUGGAAAUGGCAACAUUGACCUGCCUUUUCAGAACUCGGUGCUGGAUACCAGUCGGACAACUCGGCACCACGGGCUGGUGGAGCGGGUUUACCGUGACCGGAACCGCAUCACGUCUCCUCACCGCCGGCCGCUGUCAGUCGACAAACAUGGACGCCAGAUUGACAGCUGUCCUUACAGCUCAGUUUACCUCUCCCCACCACCAGACACUAGCUGGAGAAGGACAAACUCGGACUCCGCCUUACACCAGAGCGCCAUGAAUCCGAAGCCCCAGGAGGUGUUUGCAGGGGGAUCACAGGAGCUGCAGCCUAAACGAGUACUGCUGCUAACAGUGCCUGGGACGGAGUCGUCGGAGUCAAAUGCAGACGAGGAUGCGCAGACACAGUUGUGGGAUGAUGAGAAGGAUGAUUCAUCAAAUCCCAACACAUGUGAUGUCCCGGGAAUCAAUAUAUUCCCGUCACCAGACCAGGAGUUGAACCCGUCUUUGCUCCCAGCUGCACACAACACCGGUGGUUCGCUGCCUGACCUGACUAACAUCCAGUUCCCUCCUCCGCUGUCCACCCCGCUGGACCCCGAGGACACCGUGGCCUUCCCCUCCCUCAGCUCGUCCAACAGCACGGGCAGCCUGACCACCAACCUCACCCACCUGGGCAUCAGUGCUGCCAGCCAUGGGCUCCCCACCUCCUCUCAGCCCACCAUGACUGUAACGUCACAGCGCCGGCAACCACCCGUGGUGCCGCUCACCCUCACCUCUGACCUCCAUCUCCAACAGUCCCCGCAGCAGCUUUCACCCACCCUCUCCUCACCCAUCAACAUCACGCAGGUCUUGCAAACAGAGUCGUUGACCCUGGAGCAGCAGCUCUCCCAGUUCCCACUGUUCAACCAGCUGACGGCUCAGGCCCAGGCUCAGUUGCUGAAUGAUCUCCAGAAGCAGCAGCAGGCCCUGCCGCAGGGCAUCCAGCUCAUCACCUUACCAACUCUGGGCUCCCCUGGUACCACUGCCAGCAGCCCCUCCCCAGACAGCCAGAGCCAGACCACCGCCAGCAUCAGUAUCGGCUCGUACCGCAAUCAGACUGGCUCACCAGCCACUCAGUCUCCAACCUCCCCAGUCUCCAAUCAAGGCUUCUCCCCCGGCGGCUCGCCUCAACACAUUCCCGUGGUGGGCAGCAUAUUUGGCGACUCCUUCUAUGAUCAGCAGUUGGCAUUGAGGCAGACCAAUGCCCUUUCUCACCAGCUGGAGCAGUUCAACAUGAUCGAGAACCCCAUCAGCUCCUCCAGCCUUUACAACCAGUGCUCCACCCUCAACUACACACAGGCAGCCAUGAUGGGCCUCACCGGGAGCAGCCUGCAGGACUCGCAGCAACUUAGCUACAGUAACCACGGCAACAUCCCCAACAUCAUCCUAACAGUCACAGGAGAGUCUCCGCCGAGCCUCUCCAAAGAGCUGACCAACUCUCUGGCGGGUGUUGGCGACGUCAGCUUCGACGCAGACUCUCAGUUCCCUCUGGACGAGCUGAAGAUCGACCCGCUCACCCUGGACGGACUGCACAUGCUCAACGACCCCGACAUGGUGCUCGCUGACCCCGCCACCGAGGACACGUUCAGGAUGGAUAGGCUGUAACGCGAGAAGCUGACUGAGAACAAGAAGAAGAAAAAAAACACACUAACUUGUGAAUGGAGAGAAGCAAAGGGCCGGAUGAACCCUCUCCCUCGUUGCAUGGCUGUCCAGCUGUCCGACCUCGCCCUCGACUCCGUGAAGCCCUUUGAAACGAUGCGCCACCAAAAGACAACAGGGAAAAAGACAUCCAGUGGCUUGCCGGGGAAUGGCCUCGCUGUCGUUUUGAAUGAGAUUCGUCGCUCAGCGCUUUCGCUAGCCUGCUGUGUUUACAGUGUACCAUUACAUGCCACAUAUAUUCCAAAAACGCACAUUUGACUAUUUAUUUUUUUUCUUUUCAUAUCCACUUUAAUAUUUGUUUUGUUGAUAUUUGCUCGUAGCAGGAAGCUGCUAGGACAUUGGGCUAAACCGUACCCGAUAUAACGGCUGUGUUCAAAAAAGAAAAAGAAAAACACACCACAGCCGGUUUGCUUGUACCCUGCAAUCAAAUGAAUCGGUUUUCCCAUCAUGCCGUAACGGCUUUCUAUUUCACACUCAAAGCUUUAUUUUUGACAACCAAAUGUUAUUUUCAUCAUGUACUGUAUGUUUUGAUGUAUUUACAUGUUCUAUUUAUUUAUUAAGUUAAAAAUUUUAUAUUCCAUUUCAUAAUUUAAAUUUGAUGCCAAAAUGCUCUCUGUAGGCAUAGUGUAAAAUUGCACUGCUGUGAUUUGUGUCUAUUUAUUAAUUACUAACAUAUUUAUAUAUGUGUUUGUUAAGCUACUUGGUUAAUGAAGGAGUGCAAAACCUCCCCAUAGUUGCUCUUUGGUGUUCGAUGUGCCAUUCUCUGAUGUAGGACGUGGUAGACGUUGUCAUGCUGCAGCCCAACGCUCAAAUCUAAAUCUCGUAGUUUUUAGCACCGCUCCAGAAAACGCUGCGUGCUCCAGAAAUGGGUUGGUUUUACGCCACUUGAAUUAACUUUUUCUGAGAAAAUCAUCAGGUAUUUCUAUUUAACUAGAAAGCAAGAAAAACGCGUCCAAAUUAAUUUUCUGCCAGUGAAAAGCCAAUAUAUAUAUAAAUAUAUAUAUAUAUAUAUAUGUAUAUCCAGACUGGACUUCUUCUCAGUGAAGGAAGCCGUCUGUUUUUAAACACUAAAAUCUUAAAAUCUUUUUAAGUCGUCACUGUGAAAUCACCUGAUUUUGCCUUACAUGAGUAUUCUACUGUUCUACUUAAGUGUCUAAUGUGACAGCGUAUUUUCGUAACUUAUUGUAACAUUUUCUUGUAUUUGAGAGGAACUUAACUUUUGGUCAGUGAUAUAUUUGUGGUUAUGUUGUGUAAGGUUUGACAAAUCAAUGUACUGUAUUUUGUAUCGGUACAGUUUAUAGCCAAAUUGUUGAUGUUUUUUAAAGUGGGGCAAAAAACAAAAAAAAAAACAACGAAAGGAUGGGUUCAAAGUGUUUUGAGAAGGAGUGCAAUUAUGGGGAGGCUUUUUGCUCCUUGACAGGGAAGCUCUAACAAAAACGCUAAUGACCUUUGCCACAGAGGUCAUCAAUAACACAAGCACCAUGCAAAGUAUAGGGAUUUCAAUGGUCGGUUGUUGGAUAUCUAACAGUAUCGAAGCCUCCAAAUGGGUGUUUUCAUAUGAUGCAAACUUGCAAUUUCAGAGAUUAUGAAUAUGAGGAUAUUUUUUAUUGUAGAACGUCCGUUUAGUAAACUGGAUCACGGCUACAUAAAGGGUCUGUUUAAGAAAGAAUGAGUGUAUUUAUAUAUUUAGUAUUGUAUGCAAUUGUUGCGAGAUAUCGGCCCCGCUCCAUUCAGUGUUAUAAACAACAAAACCGGUCACACUAACAAUGGGGGAUGUAGUAGUAGAGUCUAAAAAUUGUUUACCGAACAAAAUGUUUACACAAGUUUCAUCUGAAAAAUGUACAUAUUGAUAUCAUCCAGUCUCCUUUUGCCAAAAUGUGUGGAACAAAUUGUGUCAAAUUUCAAUCUGCCUUGGCCUUUUGUCAGAGUUUCCCUGAGAGGUGUGUGUGUCGCUCUGUGGGAUCAUGUUUGGUAUAUUGUAUUGUUCAUGUACAGACGUGCUAAUCAUUUACUCAACCCCCUCCUCCCCCCUCCCCGAAAAGGAAUCAUGUUUGGUUAACUGCACACCUCUACAGUUCAGUACCAUUUGUUUCAGUUGAAGUGUUUAUUGUCUGCUGUAACCCUCCAUCAAUGCUUUUGUUUGCCUUCAACAGAUCUGUGAUUCCUAUGCAAAUGAGACACACACAAAACAUAUGACCCUUAAAGGAAAAAUCCACCCGAGGUUUUAUUGUUUUACCACGUUCCACGAGUUGAGCUGGAUUUAUUUUUCUGAAUUGGUAGCGGAAGCACCCUACUGAUUCUAGGUAGCGAUCGUUGAUGGUGAAGACAGCGUUGAGUAAUUUAAAGAAAGUCUCAAUAUCCUCCUCAAUAACACAUGACAGAUUUAUAGUGUAACCUAGCAAGGCCCUUUACAGCACACAUCACAGUCCUCUCAGACAUUAUUGCUCUGUGUUACGAAGGCCCUUAAAGUCCCAAAUGAUUACAUCAUAAUACUUUUUAUUUAUCUAAUUUAUUCUCUUUCUGUCAGGGCUUUUCAAGCUCCUUACUCUUUUAAAAAAAUCAUGAAAAAAUGUAAAUUAUUGCUUCGACUAAACAGCUCAGUUAUUGUCUGCUCUUCAGUCAGUGGACACAUUUAUACUUUAAGAUUCAGCUCAACAUUAUCGCUCUGUGUUAGAAAAUGAAAGAGAAAUGUAAACUGGGUGAGUUUGAGUAUAUCGAAUGUUGCAGUUGUGCUAUGACAAUCAACGAGUGAAAUCGUAUGCUGAACUAUAAAUUCAUUUCUACGCCAGAGCAACAAGAAACAUAAAUCCAGCUUCACUUUGAACAUUUCUUUUCUUCCGUUGGUAAUACCUUACAUUUUUUCUGGACACAUCUCUGUUGAACAUCAAUGCAAAAUUGCUGCUGUAGAAUGAAACCCCUUCUCUCUAAUCCUAAAGGAACCAAUGCCAAACCUGACUCACUGUUUAUGUUUUAGAUCAAUGAAACAUUUCACUAGUUGCUGAAAAUAUCCAGACUUUUAUUAAUAAGCCUUUCACACAGAACGCAGCAACGACACCACUGCUGUCUGAAACCCAGUAUUUCCGAUGGCUUGCACGGUGCAAACGUAAUGGCUUUGGACACAGCUCGCGGUGCGCCCAAAGUUCAAACUGAUUCAAACUUUGGCCGCAGUGCAAACCGUGUUCUGUGUGAAAGGCCCACUAGGGAGGAAGGAAAAAUAAACCAUUAAAAAAAAAAAGCCAGAAAU